CGCCCAGGGAGUAAGUUAGUGUAGAACCGCCACUGGAAUGAACAGACAUGUAAUCUAAAUGAAUACAUUUGUACAUCAAAUAACAAUAUAGGGAUCAGUAGCUCUCAUUGAUUUCAGAGUACAGUCCAUGUUCAUUGAUGAUGGGUAACAGUGACAUGAUGGAUGAUUUUAGCGCUUUAUACCGUCUAUUCAGCUCACUGGGCGUCUGUACCGUAAACUAGAAUGGAAACGCGCAUGCGCAAGGUCAGUGACGGCUAGUGACACUCAGCGAGACGCACUUACACAGAUGUCAGCUCCAGUAAAACGACAUAAACUAGUCUUUAGGUGCUCGAUGUUCCCGCUUCUUUACCGUGACGACAGUGGCGUGUUUUCCACGGUGAGGGGGUCUCAGCUGGGUUGUUCCUCUUGCUGCUUCUGAUCUUCGACAUUUCGUACGCGCGCACAGCUCAAUGAGAAUCUCGACCCUGUUUAAUAGCAGCAGCUCCGUCUUCCAGUCUCAGUCACGGUUCAGGAUGUCUGCAGCGUUCUGUUGUGUUUCUACUUCUGUUUGGAUGUCUGCAUUCUGUCUGUGGUUCUGGUUCUGUUCACAUGUUGAAGGUGAACCAAUCAUUGCUGCUCCUGGUGAUGAUGUCAUCCUGCCGUGCCGCCUGGACUCUCAGGAGGAUCUGCAGGAUCACAGCGUGGAGUGGACCAAAGUGGACAUGAAGCGUUUUGUGUUUCUGUACUGGAACAGGCAGACCAUAACUGAACACAUGAGCGAGUCGUUUAUCCCGAGAGUGUCUCUGAACCAAGACGGACUAAAACGAGGAGACGGGACGUUAAAGAUCAGGAACGUGUCGCUCCAGGAUGAGGGGAAGUACAGCUGCUUCAUUCCUGGGAAGAACUUCAGGGAGACGGUUCAGCUGGUUGUUGAGCCAAACAGAGUCAGAGCUCCAACCAUGGAAACAUCCCAGGUUGACAUCAUCUCCACUCCAGAUCCAGGAGGAGACCGGAUCUGGAUCAGUCGCUCCAGACCGGCUCUCUGGAUCCUUCUUGGACUUUUUACCUCAGUGAUCCUCUCUGCUGUUUGUGUUUGUGUCUGUCAGAGGAAACAACCAGAAGGUCAGGAACCUCCUCUGGUCUGAAGACAUCCCAUCUCUCCAAAGCUGCUUUGAUCGUCUUCAAGGAUUGAAGAGACUUUCUGAAGCUGCAGCCACAUGGAGACGCUACACGCCCGUCACCGUUGUGUUACCGUGGAUGGAAACUGGUCCAUGAAGACGUGACGAUCCUCUGGUUCUGACCCGUUUCUGCCUGAUGGUUGGAACUCCUUCAUUUAUCUGGAGAACCUUCUGGAUCUGUUUCUGCGGUUCUCAACUCCUGAACUCUGAAGGUGUGCUGGAUCACCGUAAAGUCUGAAGGUCUGAGGUUUAGGACGAUGUUUGUGGAUCUCAGUGGUUUGAAGUGUUGAUCCAGGUUGAUCUGAAGUGUUGAGAGUUUGGUUCAUGUUCUCCUUCAGGAACCGACCCACAGCAGGUCUGUUCAGGUUCCUGUGGUUCUUGGUGUUCUUCUAGACAACAUCAAAGGUGUCUGUGAGCUAAAAUGUUGGAAGUUCUACCAGAACAAAGUGAAAUGAACACAGACAGACAGUUGAAACCUGAGAGUCUCAGGGUUUUUUCAAACUGAAAGUGACCUCAAGAGGUCGUGUCAUAAAGGGGAGAUAUUGUGUUGUCUGAAAGAAUAACCCGUCCCUGAUAUUUAUUAUUAUAGGAAGGAUUUUGCUGUACUUUCCUAAGAAUAAUAAUGGAUUAGAUUCAUCUGCGCUUUUUUUCUUGUUGCUCAAAGCAACAGUGUGUCCAUUAUUCAUUCAUACUUGGUGAUGGUAGCUACUGUUGUAGCCACAGCUGCCCUGGGCAGACUGACAGAGGCGUGGCUGCCAGUUUGCGUCUACGGCCCCUCUGACCAUCACCGGGUGAACGAACCGCCGACUCUUAUAUUUAGACUCUUAUUACCUGCAAUAAAAAAAUGCAAAUUGUUCAAUUUCUAUAAUUUGACAUCUAUUUAUUCAAGAAAUCGAUAUUUCACUGCAGAAAAACAACUGUGAAGUUAAAACUAUCAAAUAAAAAGAUGACCCCUC